UUUGCUUGAGCAGGUCAGGCUGGCCGCACUGGUUUGCUAGUGCCGGAAAAUCUAGCCAGAGUGUGGGAGAAGUGAGUGUGGGGGCCCCUUUCCCAAGUUUUUCUUGCUGCAAAAGGCCUAGCUUAGCCUGUCUUUUUCUAUGCACAGGAUAGCUCUUGCUCACCCGAGCCUCACAAAGAUAAUAGCUCAGGAAGUGUUUCAGCCAAUCCGGGGCGGCUUUACACUCCGAUUUGCCGGGGCAGCCAAUCGGGGAUGAGCUUUUAUUAGGCGGCCAGAUCAUCAGCCGAAGUGCCAAACCCUUUUUCUGUGAGAACUAGGAGCCUGUCCUCCAUGUUUUAUAAGUAUUGACAUUACACAGUGUUAACAAUGCAUCCACAGAGCUUGGCUGAAGAGGAAAUAAAAACAGAACAAGAGGUGGUAGAGGGCAUGGAUAUCUCUACUCGCUCCAAAGAUCCUGGCUCGACAGACAGAACUGCCCAGAAAAGAAAGUUCCCCAGCCCUCCGCAUUCCUCCAAUGGUCACUCGCCUCAGGACGCGACCUCAAGCCCCAUUAAAAAGAAAAAGAAACCUGGCUUACUGAACAGUAGCAAUAAGGAGCAGUCAGAACUAAGACAUGGUCCGUUUUACUAUAUGAAGCAGCCACUCACCACAGACCCUGUUGAUGUUGUACCGCAGGAUGGACGGAAUGAUUUCUACUGCUGGGUUUGUCACCGGGAAGGCCAAGUCCUUUGCUGUGAGCUCUGUCCCCGGGUUUAUCACGCUAAGUGUCUGAGACUGACAUCGGAACCAGAGGGGGACUGGUUUUGUCCUGAAUGUGAGAAGAUUACAGUAGCAGAAUGCAUCGAGACCCAGAGCAAAGCCAUGACCAUGCUGACCAUUGAGCAACUGUCCUACCUGCUCAAGUUUGCCAUUCAGAAGAUGAAGCAGCCAGGGUGGGGUGUACAUCGGCCAUCUCUAGGGUCCAGGCCUAAGGUGACUGGUGGUGGAUUGUCAUUGUCAACCUUCAUGAAGAGGACAGGACCUGCUGUUUGGACAGAUGCCUUCCAGAAGCCCGUUCCAUUGGAACAGCAUCCUGACUAUGCUGAGUAUAUUUUCCAUCCCAUGGAUCUUUGUACAUUGGAAAAGAAUGCUAAAAAGAAAAUGUAUGGCUGCACCGAAGCCUUCCUGGCCGAUGCAAAGUGGAUUUUGCAUAACUGCAUCAUUUACAAUGGGGGAAAUCACAAAUUGACGCAAAUAGCGAAAAUAGUCAUCAAAAUCUGUGAACACGAGAUGAAUGAGAUCGAAGUAUGUCCAGAAUGUUAUCUAGCUGCUUGCCAAAAACGAGAUAACUGGUUUUGUGAGCCUUGUAGCAAUCCACAUCCUUUGGUCUGGGCAAAACUGAAGGGCUUUCCAUUCUGGCCUGCAAAAGCUCUGAGGGAUAAGGACGGGCAGGUCGAUGCCCGUUUCUUUGGACAACACGACAGGGCCUGGGUUCCAAUAAAUAAUUGCUACCUCAUGUCUAAAGAAAUUCCCUUCUCUGUGAAAAAGACGAAAAGCAUCUUCAACAGUGCCAUGCAAGAGAUGGAGGUUUACGUGGAGAACAUCCGCCGGAAGUUUGGGGUUUUUAAUUACUCUCCGUUCAGGACACCCUACACCCCCAACAGCCAGUACCAAAUGCUGCUCGAUCCAUCCAACCCCAGCGCCGGCACCGCCAAGAUCGACAAGCAGGAGAAGGUGAAGCUGAACUUCGACAUGACCGCGUCCCCCAAGAUCCUGAUGAGCAAGCCCAUGCUGAGUGGGGGCGCGGGCCGCAGGAUCUCCUUGUCGGACAUGCCGCGCUCGCCCAUGAGCACGAACUCCUCGGUGCACACGGGCUCCGACGUGGAGCAGGACGCAGACAAGAAGGCCACGUCCAGCCACUUCAGCGCCAGCGAGGAGUCCAUGGACUUCCUGGAGAAGAGCACAGCUUCGCCAGCUUCCACAAAGACGGGACAAGCAGGCAGUCUGUCUGGCAGCCCGAAACCUUUCUCUCCGCAAGCACCAGCACCAAUCGUGACGAAAACGGACAAAAUGCCCGCGACCGGGAGCAUCCUGAACCUUAACCUGGAUCGGAGCAAAGCCGAGAUGGACCUGAAGGAGCUGAGCGAGGCGGUCCUGCAGCAGGCGGCCCCGGUUCCUCUCAUCUCUCCCAAGCGGCAGAUUCGGAGCAGGUUCCAGCUGAAUCUGGACAAGACAAUAGAGAGUUGCAAAGCACAGCUAGGCAUAAAUGAAAUCUCAGAAGAUGUUUACACGGCUGUGGAGCACAGCGAUUCAGAGGAUUCCGAGAAGUCAGAUAGCAGUGACAGCGAGUAUAUCAGUGAUGAUGAGCAGAAAACAAAGAACGAGGCGGAAGACCCCGAGGACAAAGAUGGUAAUGGGGUAGACAAAGAGGCAUCAGGUGGCAAAAAAAAGCCCAAGCCUGCAAACCCGGUGGAGGUGAAGGAGGAGCUGAAAAGUGCUUCGCCGGCAGGCGAGAAGGCAGACCCGGGGCCGGUGAAGGACAAGGCCAGCCCUGAGCCCGAGAAGGACUUUGCAGAAAAAACGAAACUGUCACCGCACCCUGUGAAGGACAAGCUGAAAGGAAAGGAUGAGAUGGAUUCCCCAACUGUACAUUUGGGCCUGGACUCCGAUUCAGAGAGCGAACUUGUCAUAGAUUUAGGAGAAGAUCCUUCUGGGCGAGAGGGUCGAAAAAAUAAGAAGGAACCCAAAGAAUUGUCUCCUAAGCAGGAUGCUGCAGGUAAAGCGCCACCACCCACCACGGCAGCAGGCAACCAGUCUCCCCCCGAAACGCCCGUGCUCACUCGCUCUGCCGCCCAAACCCCCGCAGCCGGCGUCCCAGCCACCACCAGCACCACGUCCACCGUCACGGUCACGGCGCCGGCCACCGCUGCCACAGGGAGCCCGGUGAAAAAGCAGAGGCCGCUUUUACCGAAGGAUACCACCCCGGCCGUGCAGCGGGUCGUGUGGAACUCAUCAACUGUCCAGCAGAAAGAGGUCACGCAGAGCCCGUCCACGUCCACCAUCACCCUGGUGACCAACACGCAGCCGUCGCCCCUGAUCAGCAACACAGGGACCAGCAGCAGCCUUGCGUCUUCACUCAGCGCCGACCUGCCCAUUGCCACAGCCUCUGCUGAUGUCGCUGCAGACAUCGCCAAGUACACUAGCAAAAUGAUGGAUGCAAUAAAAGGAACGAUGACCGAAAUAUAUAACGACCUUUCCAAAAACACUACUGGAAGCACGAUAGCGGAGAUCCGCAGGCUGAGGAUCGAGAUAGAGAAGCUGCAGUGGCUGCACCAGCAGGAGCUGUCGGAGAUGAAGCACAACUUGGAGCUGACCAUGGCGGAGAUGCGGCAGAGCCUGGAGCAGGAGCGGGACCGGCUUAUCGCCGAGGUAAAGAAGCAGCUGGAACUCGAGAAGCAGCAGGCGGUGGAUGAGACCAAGAAGAAGCAGUGGUGUGCCAACUGCAAGAAGGAGGCCAUCUUCUACUGCUGCUGGAAUACCAGCUACUGCGACUACCCCUGCCAGCAGGCCCACUGGCCCGAGCACAUGAAGUCCUGCACCCAGUCAGCUACCGCCCCCCAGCAGGAAGCGGAUACCGAGGUAAACACAGAAACAGUAAAUAAGCCUUCUCAGGGGAGCUCCUCCAGCACCCCCUCAGCUCCUGCGGACACCGCCAGCACCCCCAAAGAGAAGGAGCCAUCAGUUGAGAAAAGCAAAGACAGUGGCUCGACCCUCGACCUUUCAGGCUCCAGAGAGACGCCCUCCUCCAUUCUCUUAGGCUCCAACCAAGGCUCUGUUAGCAAAAGGUGUGACAAGCAACCUGCCUAUGUCCCAACCACCACAGACCACCAGCCGCACCCCAACUACCCCGCCCAGAAGUACCAUUCCCGGAGCAGCAAGUCCAAUGCCUGGAGCGGCAGUGAGGAGAAGCGUGGGGCGGGCCGCUCUGAGCACAGCGCCGGGACCAGUGCCAAGAGCCUCCUUCCGAAGGAGUCUCGGCUGGACACCUUCUGGGACUAGGGGCAAGUGGUGCCCCAGGCCACCACCCCUUGGGGGUAGCAGCCCGGACACCGGGAGAAGAGGAGAUGGCAGCACCAGAGUGACCAUCAGAGACGCUAGACAUGAGGACGCAGCCUCGGCCGGCACUCGGCACAGGGCAGCCACACUACAUGACAUCCGGCAUCGCCUUGCUGAGACUGUUCGACCACUUGCGCCCUAAGCUUUAGGUGUAAAUAAUGUACAAUUGUGGAUGUCACUGAACCUAGAGUACCUUUCCUUUUUAUAUUUGUAUUGACUUUAACUUAUACAAAAAAGAAAAAGAAAAACAAGUUUAAAAAAAAAAAAAACAAACCCAACAACAAAAAAGAAUGUUUUGAUGUUGGGAAGAGGGAUGCUCAGUGGUCCCCAGUGGUUGGGGGCUAGGCCUAGGGAUCAAUGUCACUUACGGGUCCUGAUCCUCAGAGCCACAGGGGAGCCGAGCUGGUGUCCCCCAGCAGCAGGGCUGAGUGGGGAGUCUGAGCACCGACCACGCCAAGCCAUCAGCCCCUCGCCACGCUGUUAUUACCAUGUUUCCAACGGGGCCCUACAGACCAGAGGGGUGUGUGGAGGGACACAUCUCUCUGCGAUUUAAAUAACUCCUAAAAGGGAAAAACAACCACCUUGUUUACAGAAGCUACACAGAAACAAGCCCCGCUCAGCUAGAUCACAGAGUCGGACGCGGUAGGAAAGUGCGAGGGUCAUAAACUCAGCAACACAGAAAAAUCUGUUCUCUUUGCUUUAUGAUUCCUUUAACCACACUCACACGCCCUUGGUAGGCUUUCUCCUCGGAGGCAGGGAGGCCGAGGCAGAAGGCACGCAGGCCAGGUGUGUCUGGACGGAGCAUGUCGGUGUUAUUUUUCAGGAUGCAGUUCUACGUCUUUAUGUAAGCAUGAAGCAGAGGCAGUAUGCGAGAAGGCGAGUUACACUACGUAUGCUGUAGUAUCAUUUUGUAUGUUGUGUAAGACAAAAGGCAUUGAUCAAAAGCAAAAGGCGAUAUAUGUAUAUGAGAAAAAUUAAUUGUACGAUAUCAUUCCAGUACAUUCUGUUGUACAUUUAGUCUCAUUUCCUUUCUCUUCAUUGUUGAUAAGAGGAUGCAAACUGUACAGUUUCCAGCUAGCUACCCGUAGUAGAGAAGAAAUAAGCAGAGAUACUAGAAGAAAACAAGAGGAAGAACAUUUGUGAAUUGCAGUUGUCAAAAAAGAAAAAAAAAAUAGCCUAGCUGGCCUUAUUUGUGAAGCAUAAUUGCUUUUAGCAUAUGGAAGUAUUUUUUCACAUUUUCUUUGUAUAAAAUUUGUAUUAAACUUAAAUAUCUUUUUUGAUGACGGUGUUUCUUUGUGCCUGAGCCAGUGGAUUCCCAAGGUGUGGUCUUUUGGGUUCGCCUACUCCCCUUCCCAGUUUUUUCCAGGUUC